CCAGGGGCGUGGUGCGGACGCAGCGCUGCGGACCCUUUGCCUGUAAUCCGUUUCGAUCCGGGGCGUGUCCGCGCAGAAAGGGGCGUGCGCACCGCUCCACCAGUAUCUCUGCUUUCUGUGCCAUUCAUUUGCAGCGCAGCCGCUUAUUACGCGUACUGCUGCGUUCAGGAGAUAAGAGUCUGACGGUCAUCCCGGGGAGAGAACAGAAGUAACCGGACAGCCAGAGUCCAACCAGCCGGUAAACUCACUCACACGGACAGUUGGAGAAUUUUGACGCACAGACAGCAGCGCAGUUAGACUUGGACCUGACGCUUCACCUCCAUUAACCUGCAAACUACCGAACAUGGACCGCAAAAUCCCAGACUUCGCCGGCACUUGGGAGAUGAAGAGCUCUGAAAACUUCGAGGAACUCUUGAAAGCUUUGGGCGUGAACGUGAUGCUGCGGAAGAUUGCGGUGAAGGCGGCGUCCAAACCGCUGGUGGAGAUCACGCAGGACGGCGAGACGCUGUCCAUCAAAACCUCCACCACCGUCCGAACCACCCACAUCACCUUCACCGUGGGGCAGGAGUUCAACGAGAGCACGGUCGACGGACGUCCCUGCACGAGUUUUCCUCGCUGGGAGACCGACAGUAAGAUCAGCUGUGAUCAGACUCUGCAGAAAGGAGAAGGUCCAAAGACGUCCUGGACCCGAGAGAUCACUGCUGAAGGGAAACUGAUUCUGACCAUGAGAGCGGACGACGUGAUUUGCACCAGAGUCUACGAGCGACAAUGAACAAGAGCACUUCUCACUUUCCCAGCGUUUCCUCUCCUGCGCCGCUACAUCUGUAGUUUUUCCUCCACCGUAUAUUAACCCUCGUGUUGUCCUGCGGGUCAAAACUGACCCGAUUUAAAGUUUGACAAUGGAGAAAAAAAAAUAUUUUCACAGUGAAACUUCUGAUGUCCACAUUUUCAACAUUGUUGGGAAAUCUUUGAACAUUUUUUGGUGGAAAAAAAGAAAUGUUAAAAAUGUUUCUUAAGAACAUUCACAAAAAAUCAACCAAAAUCCAGCGAAAUUCGCUGGAUUUUGGUUAGUUUUUAUGUGAAUGUUCUUAAAGAAAAUAUUAGAAGUUUUACUGAUAUAUAUGGAAUCACUUUAGAUAUUUUCAGAUUUUUUGGAAGAUUUUUAGUCAUUUUUUGAAAAUAUUUACAAUUUUCUUGCCAAAUUUGGGGGAUUUUUUUUUCUAAAUAAAACUUUUAAGGAAUUAUUGGAAUUUUCUUCCUGAAGGUUUUGCAAAUUUUCUGAAAUUUGGGGAAUUUUUUUGCAGAAUUUUUGGAUUUUUUUCAGACAAGGAAACGAUAUUUUUUGGUAAACGAGGACAACAGGAGGGUUAACUGUAUCUAACGCCUCACAGUCUUAGCUCUUCCCCUGCAGCCGGAGUUUUUAAAAUGUGUCAAAUGUGUCGCUGCAUGUGUGUGUUUGUGCGACUAUAUGUGUACAACCGAACCUACGAGCUCUUCAGGUCAGUUUUGAUGUUUCUUCCUCCCUCCCUUCCCCCUGGCGACUUUUUCUAUCUCACGUUUUAUAUUUAUUACUACACUAGUUUUUACUUUGUGUCUCUUUGUAUGAAAAAAAAAAGAAAUGUGACAACAGGAAAACAACACUUUCACAAUAAAACCCACGAUGUUAA